AUGAAGUUCAGCAUCGUACCUGUCGCGCUUCUCGCCGCCUUCGCCGCCAGCGGUGCUAUCGCCCAGGAUAGCUCGGUCGCUUCAUCCAGCUCAGUGCCUGCCUCGUCUGUUAGCAGCUCGAGCAGCGCUGCUCCCACCUCGAUGGCCUCCAGCUCCGCAGCCAGCGGUGGCUCCGCUGCCGUGAGCGUGUGCGACCCUCUCGGCGGUGACCCGCGCAACCGCCCCGCCGGUUGCCCUUACAGCUCUACCACCACUCCCCCCUACAACCUCAGCUCGCUGAUCUCGUACUUUAUCUACGGCUACACCCGUGGCCCCGAGGCCAAGUCGCCCGAUGAGGUCGCCAACCAGAUGGCUGGCUCGGUUCUGCAAUACUACCCGACCCUCACCGUGCCCAAGUCCGAGCUUGCUGUCUCAUUUGCCGAGGCCAUCUCGGCCACCAUCCAGGCUGUCGCUGAUGGUAAGCUCAAAGAGUCGGAUCUUCACGCUCCCAACGCUGCCGUUCCUGAGCACCUCAUCCAGUGGGGUGUUGCUGCCGCUGCCAUUGUCGCUGCCGGUGCCUUUGCUCUCUAA